ACUUCGCCGCUUUCAUACUUGCAAAUUUAUUUUAGAAGGCAGAAAAGUUUCCACCAACGUGAGUGUUUGUGCAUAAUCAGCAGCCAGCGAAGCAGGAAAAGAUUGUUACGGAAGUCUUUAACUUUAUUACACAAAUCGAAAUGUUGAAGCAAGUAACCAAACAAUUGGCCAUCCAAUCCGUGAGGGGGUUUGCCACCACAAAGCAAAACAACUUCAAGGUCACCGUAUGCGGCGCCUCAGGUGGCAUCGGCCAGCCACUUUCGCUGUUGUUGAAGAACAAUCCUUUGGUCUCCAAUUUGGCCCUGUAUGAUAUUGUACAUACACCUGGAGUGGCUGCCGAUUUGUCACACAUUGACACUCAAAGCACGACUGAAGGCCACAUGGGCGCAGAUCAGUUGGGCAAAGCGUUAAAAAAUGCUGAUGUUGUCGUUAUACCUGCUGGUGUUCCACGCAAGCCAGGCAUGACACGUGAUGAUCUUUUCAAUGUUAACGCCGGUAUCAUCCGCGAUAUUGCCAACGAAAUUUCCAAAAGCUGCCCAAAGGCACUAGUGGCCAUCAUCACCAACCCUGUUAAUACCUGCGUUCCAAUCGCUGCUGAGAUUCUGAAAAAGGCCGGCGUAUAUGAUCCUAAACGUUUAUUUGGCGUAUCUACUUUGGAUGUAGUGCGUGCACGCGCCUUUAUCGGUGCCGCUUUGGGUGUUAACCCACAGCAGGUAGAUAUUCCAGUUAUCGGUGGACAUUCCGGUGUUACCAUUCUUCCCAUCAUCUCACAAUGCCAACCCGCUUUUAAGGGAGAUCAGGCAACCAUUGAGAAAUUGACUGUACGCAUUCAGGAGGCCGGUACUGAAGUCGUAAAAGCCAAAGCUGGCGCCGGUUCGGCAACACUUUCCAUGGCAUACGCUGGUGCGCGUUUCGCCGGCUCCCUGCUGAAAGGCUUGAAUGGCGAGAAGGGCGUUGUAGAGUGCUCGUACGUGCAAUCUGAUAUUACUGAAGCGACAUUCUUUUCCACUCCAUUGAUAUUGGGAAAGAAUGGUCUGCAAGAGAAUUUGGGUCUACCCAAAUUGAAUGAUUUCGAAAAGAAGUUGUUGGCAGCUGCAUUGCCUGAGCUGAAGAAGAACAUCCAAAAGGGUAUUGAAUUCGCCAAUGCUUAAGCGAAAUCCCUCCUCAGCACUUAGUUUUUCGGACACAUGAAUAUUCUGCCACAUCCAUCAUCUCCGAAAUAAAAUUGAUGGCAUGAACAUAUUCGAUGUAUUAUGUAACAUUUUAAUAAAAAAAACUUAAGUUCAAUGGUCUCUACAAAAUAUCUAAAAAUAAAUAAAAAAACGAUUGGUAGUACAAAGAAAA